CUCCUGCUCCUGCUCCUCCUGCAGCCCCUCGAUAUGUCUGAGCGUGAUGGUCGCGGGGACGGGGGGCUGUGCAGCGACGGAGCGGAGGACUCCAUUCCUCCGAGGGCGCCUCGCGGCCGGCGCAGCGGCGUCAUCCUCCCCGGCGGCGGCGCGCAGGACCCGGACUCCAUCCUGCUGGAGAGCGUGAAGGCAGCACCGCGCAGGAGCAGCAUCAUCAAGGACCCGUCGGUGCAGAAAGUGGGCGGAGGCAGGAAGAAGACGGUGUCCUUCAGCAGCAUGCCCUCUGAGAAGAAGGUGAGCAGCGCAGCGGACUGCCUGGCCUUCAUGCAGGGCGGGUGUGAGCUGAAGAAGAUCCGGCCCAACUCCAGGAUCUACUGUCGUUUCUACACCUUGGACGUAGACCUGAGUUGUCUUCGCUGGGAGCCUUCGAAGAAGGAUACGGACCGGGCUCGGCUGGAUGUCUCCAGCAUCCGGGAGGUCCGCACCGGAAAGAGCACCGAGACGUUCCUCCACAACAACCCUCUGUCUGAACAACUGGCCGAGGAAGCCGCCUUCUCCAUUAUUCAUGGGGAUGAGUACCAGUCUUUGGACUUGGUUGCGUUGUCGGCGGAUGUGGCUAACAUCUGGGUGACGGGCCUGCGCUACCUUCUUGCCCACCCUUCAAUCAUCGGAGGUGCUGGGGGAGGUGGUGCAGGAGGAGGGCCAGGCGAUGGAGGAGGUGUGUCGGUGGAAGGCAGCCUUGGGAGCAAGAUGAGGAGCGAGUGGCUGGCAGCAGAGUUUGCACAGGUAGAUGAAGACGGGUAUGGGAUCGUGACGGAGGACGUGGCCGUGGCUACGAUCUGCGAACUGUGCCCCGGCAUCAAGGAGGCCAAGGUCCGUCUUCGUUUCAAGGAGAUCCAGCGCAGCAAGGAGAAGCUCACCUCUCACGUGACCCGCGAGGAGUUCCAGGAGGCCUACUGCGAGCUUUGCACUCGACCCGACGUCUACUUCCUGCUGGUGCAGCUGUCCCAGGACCGCGAGUGCCUGGAUCCUCAGGACCUCCGCCUUUUCUUGGAGACGGAGCAAGGUUUGUCUUUGGCGACGACCAAAGGCUGCUGGGAGCUCCUGAAGCGUUACGAGCCCUCAGCUCAGGGCAGGGAGCGAGGACUGAUGGGUCUGGACGGGUUCGCUCGCUACCUUCAGUCUCCUGAGUGUCAGCUGCUCGACCAAGAGCACCUGGGAGUUUGCCAAGACAUGAACCUGCCUCUGUCUCACUAUUACAUCAGCACCUCAUACCGCUCCUACCUCCUGGAUGACCAGGUCCACGGCAGGGCGGACCUCGGAGGGCUGAUCAAGGCUCUACAGUCCGGCUGUCGAUGUUUGGAGCUCGGAGUGACUGAUGGCCCCGAGGGGGAGCCUUUGCUCGGGGUCGACCAUGAACCAGACAUCUCCCGCCAUCAUCAUCAUCACCACCACCACGCCCCUGUUACUAUCCGUUCUGCAUUGGAGGUGGUCAACAAAUACGCCUUUCUGACGUCUCAGUACCCGCUCCUGCUGUACCUGUGUCAGCGCUGCUCUCCGGCUCAGCAGUGCACCAUGGCGCACCACCUCAGGAAGGUGUUAGGAUCUCGUCUUUACACACCAGAGGCACUGCCAGUGAGUCUGGGAGGGCGGGCCACAACCUUACCCUCGCCUGAGCAGCUGAAGGGACGGAUCGUCAUCGUGGGGAAGAAGCUCCCCCCGGAGCAGGAGGGUUCUGACGGGGAGGUGUCUGAGGAGGACGAGGAGAUAGGUGGAGGAGGGCCUCUGGCUGGCAGAAGAAUGACCAUCCCCGGUGAGGAGGAACUCGGUUUGGUCCUAGUGGUGCCUCCUCCCUCUCAGCCCAGAAAGCUCCGUCUCCACAGAGAACUGUCGAACCUGGUGGCCAUUGCUCGAACCGGAAGCCGCAGCUUCUAUGCCCAGAGAAGCAGCUACAAGCAGGCUCAGCAGCAGUCGCCCCCCAGCAGCCCCUCCUCUCCAGGCUCACCGGUUCUUCCUGAGCUGCCUUACUGGACAAUGUGCUCCCUGGGAGAAGGAGAGGCUGGGCGGCUGACCAGCGAGAGCCCAGAGGACCUCGUUAUGUUCACCAAGCGCACCCUAACCAGGGUACGACCCAGCUCCGUACGUCUGGACUCCAGCAACCCCAACCCCCAAGGGUACUGGAAAGGAGGGGUCCAGCUCGUGGCCUUAAACCAGCAGACUCCAGGCGCCAUGCUGGACCUCCAUCGAGGCCGCUUCUCACAGAACGGGGGGUGUGGUUAUGUCCUCCGACCGGCUGUGAUGAGGGACGAGGUGUCGUAUUUCAGUGCCCACACUCACGGCUGCGUGCCCGGAGUUCCACCACAAACUCUGCGCAUUAAGGUGAUCAGCGCCCACAACCUUCCCAAGCCUCAGGGCUCAGGUGCCAAGGGAGAAGUGAUCGAGCCGUACGUGGUUCUGGAGCUGCACGGUGUCCCAGCGGACUGUGCAGAGCAGCGAACACGCACCGCGGCUCAGAACCAGGACGACCCGCUCUUUGAUGAGACCUUUGAGUUUCAGAGCUCAACGGCCACGUUCAAAGAUCAGUGUGGGCUUCCCACGGUGGCCAAACUGAAGCAGUGCAUCCAGAGCCUGGCCACGAGGUUCCAGAACCCCGAGGGCGCCAUGGGAGCCACCAUGGUCCUGAGGGAGGGCUACCCUUGUCUGGAGCCGCUGGUCAGCCUCUCAGAGGCCACUCGCAAACUGCUCGCUGCUUACGACACGAUGAUUGCUGCCCAGAAACAGCUGAUUGAGAGCGCUGAUGGAGUUCAGGAGAGGAUCGACCAGGUGCACAGAGAAGGCAUGGACUUCCACGAGGAUCUCUCCCGUCUUGGUGAGAAGGAAGGACUGAAGGGACGCAAGCUGAACAAAGCAGUGGAGAGCUUCACCUGGAACAUUACUGUGCUCAAGGGGCAGAGCGAUCUGCUGCGUGGAGCUAAGAUGGAUUCCCUGGACGCCCUGCGGCAGCUGGCUCUGGCCUGCGAAGCCUGCGGACUCACCUCCUCGUCCCCCAACUCCUCUUCCAGCUUCUCUACGGCUGAGCUGCACUACUCCUCCCACCCCACGCCAGGCCGGCGGAGCAGCACGCACGGCAACGGACGCAUCUGACCUCUGACCUCUGCACCAGAGCUGGCAAAGGGUUUCAGAGGAAAACCGAUGAGACGAUGUAGAGAGACGGCUGCAGACCAGCGGUUCAGCCAGUGUAGUAAAGUCCGCAGCAGGAAAACACUUUGGGGACGUGCAUUUCUUAGAAAGGUAUUCAGUCGGCAAAUGGAUCAUCGUUAAAAAGCUGGUCUGAUGAGGUAAACGGAAGGAAAUGAAUGUUGGAUGCUUUGCAGCUGAU